AUGGCUGAUUUAGAUAAUUUUUUUGCCAAAAAAGAUCGUAAGAAAUCCAAGGGGAAAAAAUUCGCUACUUCUACGGAUAACAUGGCGACAUCGCAAGAAGAGUUACAAAAAAAACAAGAAAAACAGAAAAAAGAAAGAACAUUAAUUCAGCAAAAUUAUUCUAAUGAAAACGACAGCAAAUCGAAUAUGAAGGUAUUGAAUGUUAAUUUGUAUUGUUUUAACACUCAUAAUGAUAGGCAAUUAACAUUCAGCGUUCAGCAUAAAUCUACUUAUUUACAUAUUGUAUAGGUACAUUUUGAAUUAUAAUAACUAAAUAUUUGUAUAACUAUUAUUAUCAUUAUUUAUUUCAGAUUUUUUUUUUAUGAAAGAAAUAAUUAUUAAAUCUUAGAUUUAAAAAAAAUAUUGACCAAUUUCAUAAUGUAGAUAAUGUAAUCUAUAAUGCGGGGUUAUGCGCAACAGUGGCCUAUUCCAACAAAUGGUUAAUGGAAGUAAUAGAGCUUUUUAAUUUCUUUGAAAAUUGAUAGAAAAAUCAAUAUUAAAAAAAAUGUAUUUAAUUAUUUUUAUUAUUUAAUAUUGAUAUAUCUAGAACUUAAUUUUAAGAGUUAUUUUGGAACAAAUCAUCCAAAUUUUUGUUGGAUAGGCCACUUUUGCCCUCACUCUUAGGUUGUUGUUUACUAAAAAACAUGUUUUUCAGGUUAGAUAUUGAAAUGAAAAUACUUAUAAUUUAAACCUUUAUUAAUAAUAAAAUUUGUUAUUACAACUCAUCUUUCUAUUAUUUUUAUUAUAUUAUUAAUAUAAUAUUAUGAUAAUAGUGGCCUAUCUCAUGCAUUACUGUUGAAUAGGUCAUUGUUGCAUAAUUUUAUAGUGCUGCAAUCUAGUGUUAAAAUAAAGGAAACAAAAUUAUGCCGGUGUUAAAUUAGAAUAUUUUUAAUUUUAAAUAAAAUUAUAUAAUUAUCUCAGUUUAUAAAUUUUGGUGGGUUAGGCCACUGUUGCACCCAAUUCCUCAUUUAAUACCUUUAAUUUAAUUAGAUAAAUAGUAGAAGUACAUCGGGCACUGAAAUAGCAAGAUUUCUAAUUACCUUAGAUUCAAUUUAAAAACAUGGUGGUCUGUAAGGCAUAAUAUUAAAACUAUCAAUAACAUUAUUAAUGAUAUUAUUAUUAUUACUUAUUUCAGAAAACAAAUUAUACUACCUACUGGAUAGGUAUCCAUUAGGUACAUUUCUAAUGUAAAAGUGGAGUAUGGUAUGAAUUAGUAAGAAUCAAAUUUAAAUGUACAGUGGCUAUCCUAAUAAAAAAAUUUGUUAAAUAAGUAAUAAGAAAUUGCACAUAAUAUGGUUCUGUUUUCUGGUGGUGCAGUGAAAUAUUUAAUUUCCAAUACUCCAGUUUGGUGAAUCUCUGCCUAAUAGAAAAUUAAUUUCUACUUCUUAUCAUUUUUCUUUGCAAAAAUCAAAAAUUAAUAUUCAAUUAUUUGAACAGUAAAAAUUUUAUUAGUUAUUAGAAUAUUAAAUUUAAUAUUAUGUGAACAUAAUCUUGAACAAAUAAUAUCAAUGGAUCUAAAUCAAUUAAUUUAGGUUGACAUAAUAAAUUGUUUUUAUAUGAUACACUAUCAUACAUGGUAGCUGUCCCAUCAUAAAAUUAUAUUAUAGUGAAAAUUACAGUUCAUUUGCCUACCAAACAAAUAUUUACCUUUGAAAACAGAAAUUAUAGGUAGGUAGGUACCUAUACAAAUUUUCAAUAUUUUUUGGUGUUACAAAAAGAUAAGUGCACCAUCACAUUUUAAAUUUGAUAGUUGCAAGUGCUGCAUUUGUACAGACAAAUUUACACUAUUGUCAUUAUUUAACUAUAGCCUUUCACUUUGCUCGCUUAAUAGCAUUUUAUUUGUCAGUAUUCAUUUGGUGCACCAUUUUAUAUUAAUAUAUUAUUAAAUUAUCUCUCUUGUUCUGAUCCCUGUCAAGUUCUCCAAACAUUUAUAUAUAUUUAAUAUCUAUUCUUGUCUUUCCCUAACAUAAAGUUGUCAAUUGCUACUGAACUUCAGGUAGUUUAGCACAUUACAAUCUUUAACCCCUUCCUGAAACUUUUUUUAGGAUACAAAUUAUUUUAAGGAAAUUUAAACUCUUAUAAGCUUACCUACUUAUUUUAUUUAACAUUGAAACAAUCAAACACAUGCUCCUAAUACUGUGCAGUGUAAUUGUAUAAUCACUGUUGACAUUGAUGACUGUGAUGACUCAUAUUAAGUUUUUUUAUUUAUUUGUGCAUUUAUUAGUUUUAUAUUUUUGAAUAUUAGAUGUACAUUAUAAUAUGUAUUUUAUAUCGGUAACCAAAUUGUUUUAUUUAGAUUCCCAGUUUAGUAUUAAAGUUUCAGUUUUACUAUUGAUUUUAUAGUAGACAGAUUCAUGGUUUUGGCUACCACCUGUAGAAUAAAGCAUUAGAGUUGUUUACAUAAGAAACAAUAGCUACAGUUAAAUCCUACAGCAGGGGUCUUUAAGGGCCAUCCUUGUCUUUAUUUGGGGCAAAAUUUUAAGCAUAACAUUUGUUCUACUUUAAUCCAAUUAGAGUGGCCAUUAGACAUCUCUAUCAAAAACAUUGGUCUCCCUAUUUGUGUCCAAUAUGAUAAGGUUAAUUAGAUUAGAUAAAUGUAUGAUACAAAUAUAAUCUAAUGUAAUAUAAUUUCAUACUUAAUAGUGUUACAUUCAAAGUUUCACAUAUUUCUACCAUAAAAUUAUACCAGUUAUUGAAAAACUAAAUAACUUGUGAUCUAAAUUGAAUUAUCUAUAAAAUGAUAAAAAGUAAUGGUGCAUUAAAUAAAAUGUAUUAUUAAGAACCUGGGCAUAUAACAAAUCAUUUUACUAAGAUAGGUUUUUUUUUAUCAUGGUAACUUAAAAUACAACAUUUCUGAAAAUUUACAACAAUUUACCCCCUCUAAGACUUAUUAUCUGUAAAAAAAAAUAGUUAAUAACAUAAUUCCAAAUUAUUGUCAUUUUAACUGUCGUGAUUAUUACCAUGCUAAUUUUUCAACUGGAAUCCUAUUUUGAAUAUAGCUUUAGAUACCAUAGAUUUUACAGUUUUUCUAUACCUACAGUUUAAUUUAAUAGAUACAUCAGUUUUAUGUUCGUGUUAAUAGGGAAAAAAACAUAAAAUAAUACUACUCCGCUCAGAAUUAUUUUUCCAUUAAUUUUAUUGUUGUUUUUAGUAUAUUAUAAAACUAAAUUACUUAAUCUGUAUACCAUAUAAUACCACUAUAAUCUGCUUCCUUUUAGGUAACCUCAGCAAAACAUUGUAAAUUAAUUUUACUAAAUUUUAGCUAGAAACUACAAACAAAAUUUAAAAAAAUACCUUCCCAAUGCAACAAGAAAGUUCUUAUACAUUUUUUAAUUGGAACAAAAUUUCUGCUUAAAAAUUGGUUUAUAAACAGUAGUAAAAAACAAAUUACAAAGUUUUGAUGGGUAACCAAAGAUAUCCUACUUUUCCAACUACCGACCUACACUAGUGGCCUCCAAAAAUGUAAACCUGUUAAUUUGUGAUUUUCACAUUUUAUUAUAACCAUAACCAGAGCAGGAACAGUGUAACAAAAUAUUGUUUUUUAAAAACUAAAGAUAAUUUAAAUGUAAACAAUUUUUUUUAAAAAAGUGGUUAACUAGUUUUUUGGAUGGAAAUUUGAAACAAAAAAUUUAAAAUGAUUAUCGAUUUUGUGGGUGUUUAAUAAAAAUACCAUUAAAUAUAAAAUUGGUAUAUUUAUGUGAAAUAAAGUUAAAAAUUAUACAUUUUUCCAUAUAAAAUAAGUUGAUAACCCAUCUAAAGUUGUUCUAUAUAUAUUAAAGGUAGUAUAAUAGUAUUUUACAUUCAUAUUUACUUGCAUCUCUUGUGUACACCUGUACACAAGCUGCUACAAUUAAAAAUAAAUGUGUAAAUAGACAAUAUCUUAAUAUUUAUUAUGAAAUAUCAGAAGUAUUAUACAAAAUUAGCUACCAAUAUUUUUAAGUUUCCAAAAUAUUCAAUAUUGGUUGUUUAAUAAAAAUAUGGUUAUUAUUAAUAAUCUAAUGUAAUCUAUUAUAAAUAUUUAUAUCUUGAAUUUAUUUAGGGUUUUAAAUAUUUCUAAGAAUAUUUUAAUAGGUAUGAAGUAUGAACUGAGUGCCCAGAAAUCAUAAUAAAUUGUGAAAACAGCCUACAACUUGUUUUAGUAAUUUACUUAAGAAUUACUGUUACUUACAAUCUUUCAAUAAUUAAUGAAAAAAAAUUAUGCAUUUUAAGAUAUACUGAUUUUACAAACUCAAGGAUAAAAUUCAGUUUUUUACAUUCAAAUAGUCCUAUUUUUAUCUUUCCAAACAACUUAGAUCAAUAAAAAAUCUUAUCUUAAAAGCUACCAGAGAUACAUCCAUCUAAAAAUAUGAUUUUUCAAAAAUUUUAAAAAAUGUUAUUUUAUGAUCAUUUUGAAAAAUUAUUUUUUCCCAACAAAAAAAUAGUCAAAUUUCUUCAAUUUUAAGGACAUGCAUAUUCGGGAAUAUAUAAAAAAACGACUACUCAAAAGAUGUCAUACUCCUUUUCAAAUAAUUCUGUUAACUUUUCAUAUCAUUAUAAAUAUUUUGGAAAAUAUUAUAAUUAUAAUACUGUUCCAAAGCUUUGAUUACUUAAUGGCAGAAAGAUUUAUUCCAACAGUAACAUGUAUUUCAGUACAUUAUUUAAAUCAUUUAAAAUACCGAAAAAUUGUUCAUAAAUUAAUAAAAUUAUUAUUUCGCGUUUACUUUCCCACAUAUAUUUACAAAAUCUUGGUAAUUGUUUUGUUUUAUUUUUAUUCUUAUAUAGCUAUAUGAGUUUUAUGACCAUACCAUGUAAACAAUUUUAUUGCUAACACUAUAACUAUAUACAUACACAAUAAAUUUAUCUAUUUUUAAUAAAAUUAAUUUUUUAUUUCUCAUAUUACAUCAAUGCAUAGUUUUAUUUUAGUUUUUAUGUGCAUGUUCCUUUAUGUGUUAUUUGGUGCAUACAUUUAUAAGCCCCCACAAUAAUAUUUUAUAUAAUGCAUAAAAUAUUAUUUUUUUGUUAGUACAUCAAUUCAUUUUUAUUAUUUAUCUUUUUACUGAAUCUGUGUAGAAGGACAUAUUUCACGUGUAUUUUUCACUAAAAAAAUUAUUUGCAAACAUAAAUACUAGUUUUAGUAAAGGUAAAAAGCAUUGGGUGGGUGAAAUGGCUUGCUAUUCAAAUUGUUGAGCCAUAUAUUUCAUAGGCCAUGAAUAAGGUUUUAUGUUGUUUAUAUGCUAUGUUGGUUGUUGCAAUGUAUCAUUAUGUACCUAUUGAUUAAUCUGACAUUAUUCUGUAAAUACUAUUAAUAAUCGUACUUCAUUCACAACAAAAGAAAGUAUAAAUUACCUAUAAUCUUUGAUACCAAUGCUGUUUCUUACUGUUAUAUGCUUACAAGAAUCCUAUAGAGUUAUCAAAAUAAAUAAAUAUAUUAAAACAUUACCAUACAUUUUUGACUAACUAGUUGUGGUCUUGGUAUAUUAUAAAAACCAGCCAACUUUAUGUUGUACAUGCAAUAACUGUUCUGUAUUAUGUUUAUGUAUUAUGUCCAAAAUAAUUUUAUUACUUUAUUGAACAUAUUCAAAAUUAUUCAUUGCAUGGUUGGGAAGUUAGAAGGGGGCAUUAAGUGACUUUACAAGCUUACUUUACUUACCUAUAAAGUAUUAAUUAAUAUUUAAAUAUAUCACAUAACAAUGACACCAUACACCAACAGAGCCCCUUAGGGAUUUUGUAAAUUUUAAAUAAUAAUUUCACCAGUUCUAUAAAUACUAUAUUUUUUAUUAUUAUUAAUAUCUUAUUCUUACUCAUAUACACAUAUCAUGAUUAAUAUGCUUCAUCUAACACAGCAAAUAAAACUUAAUAUUACAUAUUUCUUGGGGAUAAAAACACUGCUGAAAAAGUUUAAAAACUGUCCUACAUUAUGGGAUGGGCAAUUAUCAAUUUUUAUUUUUUCAUCUACGCAAUUGUAAAUUGGUUUACACAACUCGAGCAUUUUUCUACUUUUGUUAAUACCAAAUGUGUUUCAUAGCCUAACAAGUUUAUAAAAAAUUUUAUCUUGCAUAUUUUGGCAUUUUUCGAAUUUUAUGGUUUAUUGUGAGUUUUUAUGUGUUUUUAGAGCAUGUUUAAAAAAAAUUUAAUUUUUAAGACAUAUUUAACUUGUCGAAUCAAGGGUUGCCUUAUAAUACGAUUUAUAAACAUCAAUAUUCAACAGGUUAGAAUUAUAUUUUUGUUUGGUUUUCAGACUAAGGGAAAUUGGAUUAUUAAAAUAAUUUAUUAUUGUUAUGGUACUUAAUUGUUUUUCUUUUUUAGUACAUUUUGAUAUUUUGUGUGGCAUAUAGGCACACAUAUGUGAUAGGUUAUUAGGACAUAUUUUAUGGCUUUAAUGUACUCAGUUAAAUAAAUAUAUAUAUAUUUUUUUUUAAUUAUUUAUACCAAUGAGUUGGUUAAUUGCCAAUCUUCUAUCUUUAAAAAAAUUAAAAUCAAAAGUUUUUACUAAAAUUUGCAUUUCUAUAAUUUUUCUUUUAUAUUUUUCAUGUGUGAUUUAAGCCAUGCACAUUGACCAUUCAAAAACCAAUGAUUUUUGGUACAACAACCAGAGUAUUUUUUUUUUUUUUAAUUAUAAUAAUCAAGGUUUUGAAAUUGAUGAAUUUGCAUCUUUUUUUCUAAUUUUUACAUUCGAGGCGCCCUUUAUAAAAAUUUGACUUAAGUCAAAAAAUGAAUUUUGCAUUUUUUGGUUAAAAUUUCUUCUCUAUUAAUUUUAGGACAUUUAGCAUUUUCCUACUUUUGUAGGUAUAUUUACAUUUUUUUUUUAUUUAAAGUCUGAGCUUCAAUCAAAUUAUUAAAACUUUAAAUAAUGCUGGCAGUUCUCACAAUAUAUUCUCGGCUUAACUCAUCACACAUAUUCUCAUAUAGGCAUGAAAUGUACAAAAAUAAUUUCAUAUUUAUUUUCCUAAGUACCUUAUUUUAAUUUAAUUUCCUCUAACUUGUACAGUUUAAUUAGUAAAAAAAAAGAAAGAAUUAGAAAAAGAAAGAAUAUUUAUUUUAAGCAUGAUUAAAGGUUCUUAGUGUUAUAGUUAUGUAAUAUUUUUAAUUUAAAAAAUUAAAAAUAUUUCAACAUUUUUAUGCAUUUUGAUUCUUUGUAAUAACUGAGUAUAUGCUUGUUACAUAAAAAUAUACAAGAUUAUAAGAAUUUCAUUUUGGCUAUGGAACCCUAAUGAUCUGUGCUAAAACAACAAGCUAUGCUUGUGAAGUGUGCUGUUGAAAAUAUGUUGCUUAUUCAACAUAUUUUUAAAUAACUUUACUUCUUUUUGGAAUAAAAAAAACCAAAUAAAUUGUUUUUAAUUGGGAUAUUUUUAAGUCAAAAAUAGCUUUAGCACUAGAAUAUUCUUGUUGAAAUCUUUUUUUUCAACAGCUGGAAGAAGAAUGGAUGGAUUACACUGAAGAAAUUAAAGAUUAUACUACACUUAAAAUGCAAAACUUGACUACUGAUAGCAUUUCUAAUUGUUCUGAUUAUAAUGAUAAAGAUAGUGACAUCGAAUUUGAAAAGAAUGAGGUUGGAGAAAUGGUACCAAAGCGAAAGAACACAGGGCCUUGGAAAGUUCCAGAAAUAGAAUCUACUCCAACUCCAAAAGGUAUUUUUAAACUGAUUAUUAUAGUAUACAUUUUAAAUAGAACAGCUAGUUAAAUACAAAACCUUUUAAAAAUAUAAGUUUAUUUCAUGAAUGUUAGGUAUCUUAAUUGUGAAUAAAUGUUAGUAUAAAAAUUAUAGUAUCUGACAUUUUAUGUACUUUUAUAAUAUCAUAAUUAGAUUAGAAUAUGCAAAAUUGUCAUUUUUCUUUAUUUAAAUAGUAUUUCAAUUAAAACAAUAGUGUGAUAAAAAUGUCCUUUUAUAACUGGUUUUUCUCCCUAAAAAAUUUCUUAAGGUAUUACUAAAUUGUUUAUUUUUAUGCAAUAUUCCUUUUUAUGCCAUCAUUUGUAAAAGUUCUAAAUGUAUGACCUAUAUAAAGAACUGAUCAAUCCUAUUGUUUAACCUACAUUUGGACAUCUCUAUUUAUAUGUUAAAAAAAAGUAAUUUUUUUUUAUGGUAUUCUUUUUCUCCUAACAACAAUUAUCUACUCAGCUUGAAGCACAAUUAUCAUAUGCCAACAAUAUGAUGAAAGUGUAAACUAAUAUCACUAGUAGUAGCUGCCCAAUCUUUAAUCUGUAGAAUAUAAGUUUAAUCAAAUUUCAAAUUUAAUAUAAAAUUGUGAAUGACUGAUUAAUAUAUAUAAUACAAUAUAAUAGCAAUAUAACUUACCGUGAACAAAAAUAUAUCCUAUUCAUGUAUUGUCCUUAUUAAUAUUAAAUAGUUCCUUUUAUAAACAAAUUACACAGGCUUUAAGGCACAACAUUUUAUUGCAUUGUAGUAAAAUUUUGUAGUGUCUGUAUACUCAGUUUUUUCAAUAUUAUUAUUACUAUUUAGCCACCUAUCUUUUUUUUAUUAUUAUUAUUAUUAUUAUUUUUAAGUUCUUUAUGAAUGAGAUUUAAAAGAAAAAAAAACCUUCAAAGACUUUAGUGAACAGCAAAGUUGUAUCAAAAUAAAUCGAUGACUCAAAUUUGUUUUCGAUAUUGAUAAAUUAUCGAUUUCAGUUAAGUAUCAAGUUUUAUUUUUACUAUUAAUUUAUUCACUAUGCGUGCAAUGGUAAUAGAUUAAACCAUAGAAAAAUUGUCAAAACUAAGCACCUUAUGUGAACAAAUUGUUUUGAUCUUAAUCAAGAGACCAGCAACCAACAGACCAUGGCAGAUCAUGUGCACUGUAUGGCCCAAACACAAAGCAUGUAUUGACUUGUCCAGUCUUGUUUAAGUUUUAAGUGCAUAAAAUUUAAAAUAAAACACAAAUUUAUUUGAAUGUGGACACACCUUAACCUUUAUCUGUAAUACUACAGGGUUUAGCGAUGCUUGAAUUUAAAACUGAAAGUUAAUUAAUUUUAUUUAAUACAAUAGUGUGUUAUAAACUCAAUAAAAUAAAAUUAAUUUGUAUCAAAGUGAUACUUUGAGGAGGUAAUUUUUUGAUUUUCACAUAAUUAUUGUCUACAAAUGGAAAAAGUACAAAAUAUAGGUAUUAAUUAAAAAAUAUUUUGGCCUUUUUUUUUUCCUGUGAAAUACUUUUCUACAAGCAAUUUGGUUCUGAUUUUUAAUGAUAGGACAUUUUCUUAAAGUAAAUCUGACUAGGUUGCACUAUAAAAAGGUCAUUUUUCGUUUUUCCUAGCAAAUGUGAAAAAGGGCCAAAAACAUUACAACAUUAAAGAAGUAUUAAUAAAAAAUAUAUAUAAUGCCUAUUUAAUUAUUUUACUAUACAGUGAAACCUUUAAAUACCAGACAUUCUAUAUUGCUGAAAUUUUGUUCACUAUUCGGAAGUGUCUGAUAUUUAAAGGGAGAAAUUAUAUGCUUUACAAUGUUGUUUAUUUUAUUUUUUCCAGUCUGGACACUUUUUUCCUAGUAAAUUUGCUCCGAUAUAUAUAUGUAGUACCUUUUCUGAAAGCUCAAGUUGUUUAUAUUAUACUUUAAAGAGGUCAUUUUUUUAAUAUUCUAAGCUAUUUUUUAAAUAAAACCCUUUAAGUGGAAAAACAUACAAUUUUCCGAUUUAAUUAUUUUAUAAUUACAUGUAUGUUUUCUACCAGGAAAAAUGAUUUCACACAAGACAUUUUUUUGUUUCCUUUUUGAUUAACUUUCUUAUGGCAUAAUCGCCAAAACUAUUGAGUUUUUAAGGAAUUUUAACUUUGGGAAGUAUUUUUUUUGCUGUAAUUCGGUUAUAAAUUCACGUUUAUUUGGAACUUAGUAAUAAUACCUAUAUUGGACAUCCAAAAUCAUCGGACUUUUUUCUUUUUUUUUUUCAAUAGUAUUUUAUUUUUCAUUUGUAUACUGUAGACCACUUUUAACCUAAAAAAAACUUUCUCCAAUAUAUAAAUGUAGCAUGUUUUCUAAAUGGUAUUUAAAAUAAAAACGAUUAACUGGGAAAAAAAUAAUACAAUUUUUUCACGAUUUUGUUAUUUAAUAUAAGUACCUACAUUGUUUUCUAUCACAAAUAUGACUUUAAUUGAAAACUGACAAGAGACCAUAUUUUUGUUGAAUUUUUUUAAUAAUCAUUGCAUUUGCUCAAAAUUGUUUUUCAUUAGCAAUGGUUUAUUAUUGCUUACAGGUAUACAUUAAACUACCUAUAAUAGUAGCUGCACCCAUCCCAUUAUCCUAGGACAUCAUUUUUACUAUAAGAAAACAUGAAUUAUGUUUUAAAUUAUCAAUACAAGAUUUAGCAUAUACAAUUUUUGGUGCUUCGAGAAAUUAUUCAGAUGUAAGCCCACCAUAGCAAAUAACAAUGAUAGCAACCUACCCAUUUCUAAAGAACCUAUUAUCCCUGUUUUAUAUUUAAUUAUCUUUUAUGAUGAUGUGACACAUUAUAUAACAUAUUUAAUAACUUAUAUAAUAAUAUAAUAUAUUUAAUAACUUAUAUAUUAACAUUACAUAUUUAAUAACUGAUAUAAUAUCUCGUGCUUAUCACAAUCUUAUCAUAGUCUUAUCAUUACAACAUCUCCUUUAGGAAUACAAUAUAUAGAAACUUAAUAAAUAUAAAUACACAAUAUAUUAUAUGACUUAAUUAUUGUCCCACCAAACACUUUGAUUACCACCUUACUGUUUUUUAUUUCUGUCUUUAAUUUUUUAUAAAACUUNUCUAAUGUCAAAUACUCUAUACUCAUAUUAUCGCUUUCAUAUUCAACCAUGUCAAUUGUUUUUACAUUUGUAGGCAAAAUGAUUUAACUUUUUACAUAUCCUACACUCUUUUCCAUAUGCUGGACAUUCCCUAAAUUUAUGUUGCUUACCACAUUUAUUACAAUUAAAUACCUUAUCUUGAUCAUUCUUAAAUAGCUUAAAAUUCUCUGUUAUAUUACCAGAUAAUUUUAAGCUUUCCGGUUUGUUGAAUUCCAUUUUUAUCUGCUUCAAUCCAGUUUUUUAUAGAUUCCAAACGCAACUUCCGACUGCGCCAUGUUUUAUAUUUAAUUAUCUUUUACGAUGAUGUGACAUAUUAUAUAACAUAUCUAAUAACUUAUAUAAUAACAAAAUAUAUUUAAUAACUUAUAUAUUAACAUUACAUAUUUAAUAACUGAUGUAAUGUCUCAUGCUUAUCACAAUCUUAUCAUAGUCUUAUCAUUAAAACAAUCCCUAUUCAAAAUGUAGUUAAUUUAGACUCUGCCCUACUAAGACAUCAAUUAUAUGAUAUUAUGUUUAUAUACAAUUUAUUAAAUUACAAUAUUGUUUGUCCUGAGCUUUUAGCUCUUAUCAAUUUGUGUAUUCCCUCCUACUAUUUCAAAAAUCAUGAUCUUUUUGUUAGAACUCUGAAACUUGCUAAUUCAGUUUCCACUGCCUUAGAUUUCUUUAAUACAACUCGUUAUAUUUUUAGAUUCAAAUCUAUUUUAUUUUUAAAAAAGCAAUAUAAAUUUAAUUAGUCCUAGCAUAUCAAUUUUUUCUUUAAUAUUUUCUUAUAUAUAUUUCUUUGUAUUUUUGUUGGUUUUGCUUGUUUCUUGUUGGAGAUUAAUUUCUAUCUAUCAAAUAUAAAUUUAUAAACUUAUAUACUUUCUUAAACUAUUUUUAUAAAUAAUAUUGUUCUCUUUUUUGUAUGUUUUUUUUUUUUUUUUUUACACAAUUGGUCAUCAUACCACACUAUAUUUUUAAAAAGCUAGCUCUUGAAUUCUAAAUCAAUAAAAUAAAAAAUAAUAUUUUCAAAUUGUUUAAUAUUGUCUAGAAAUGUAUAGAGAUAGCAUAAAUUAUGUUUAUCAUUAUUUUUGAUUUCUUGUCUGAAUAUCCAAAAAAAAAUUUUAUUUAUUUGAUUAAUUUGUAUACAUUUUAUUACCACUGUAAAUGAUCCUUUUGAACAAAAAUGAAUAAUCCAUGGAAGAGGAUACUCUAGUUGAGUCAAUGAAUCAUAUGUUUAAUGAUAAAACUAAUAUAUAGAUUUAGGAAAGUUUGAAAUUAUUGAAAUCCAAAAUAAAACAUCAUAAAUAUAGAAAUAUUAUAUAUAUAUAUAUAUAUCAUAUUUUUUUUUCUAUUAUAUUUAUAUUUUAAAAAAGUUGUCCUAGAAUAAUGGAGAUGUGUGCAGUCACUGUUAUAGGUAUAUUAAUCUAUACCUGUUAACAAUAAUAAAUCAUUGCUAAUGAAGAAAUGAUUCUGAGCGGAGAUCAGUUGAUAGUGAUGUUUUGUUAACAACAUAUAUUUAUUAUUAUAGUAAAAUAAUUAAAUAGGUAUUACAUAUUUUCUUUAAGAAUAUUUGUUUAAUAUUGUACUGGUAUUUCCGAUUUUUCACAUAUGUUGGGAAGUUUUGGAAUGACCUGUCUAAAGUACUUUCCCAGUUAGAUUUCCUUUCAGAAAAAGUGCCAUCAUUGUAAUUAGGAUCAAAAUUUCUGGGGAAAAAAUACCGUACACUAAUAUCUACAUUUUGUACAUUUUUCCGGUUUCUUGAUUUUUCAAAUUUUAUGAGAAAACUUAAGAAAAUUGAAAAAUUACCUUUCCACAACGAUUUCCUUUCAGGAAAUGUGCUAAACUUAAAAAUUGGAGCAAGAUUUCUGGUAGAAAAGUUGUGCACAGCUUUUUAAAACCAUAAGCUUCUUCCCUCCUCUUAGAAUCUAAAAUAAACUUAAAAUAAUAUGCGCCUGUUAUUCAAAUACCUAUUUGAAUACUUUUGAACAUAAAUAUUACCUUCUGAUGAUGGCAUACAAAAUAAUACAUUUUAUGAACAUUAUGCAAUCAUCUUUAAUGUUUCUGGAUGGUUUCUAAGGUUUUAAUUCUCUCUUUUAAUUUAAGUUAUUUACAUUAAAUUAACAUUUAAAAUAACACCUAAUUAUUAUUCAAUUAUUAUUAUUAAAACUAGUUAACUGUCAUAAAUACAUUGCAUACAAUUAUAGGUGUAUGAUAUGUAUUCUAUAUUAUUACAAACAAAUUAUGAACAAGGUGGAUAAAUAUGUAGUUACCUACAUAUAUUAUUUAAAUAGGAAUAGGUAUGUUAUAAUGAAAAAUAUCACUUUGAAUAGUUCUAAUUUAUACAUGAAUAACAUUAUUCAUUAAACUAAUAUUUACUAUCAUGGUUUUUUCUGUUCCCAAAAGUGUAUAUCAUUGCCAUGAAAAUGUUUUGCACACAUUUAAAUUUUUUCUGUAAUAAUAAAAUCCUGUUUGGGUAUGACUACCCUAUUUUGCUCUCAAUUCUGCAUCUUUUGGAACACAAAACUUUUAAACUUUUAUGGGAUUGCUUUUGAAACCAAAAGUGCAAUACACCACACAACAUUGUGAAUAACUUAAUAUAAUAAUUAUAAAUGUAUAAGACUAAACCACAUAUAGAAAUGUUAAUGUUAAAAAAAAAACAACAUUGUUACAUCAAACACUCACUUUGUAAUUAUUAUUUAUUUUAUCAUCAAUAUAAUUAUAAACAGUGUGAUAACUGAACUAUAAUUUCAUAAUUGAAUAUUAUUUUUUUUUUUUAAUUUUCUUGUCAUGUCUUCAUAAUAAAUAGACUUAUAAAGACUAAAAAAUUGUAAUAUACAAUUUAAUAUUUAUGUAUUUUGUUUAUAAGUGUAACCAUUUAAUAAUUAUUAUUAUGAAUGUGGCAUAUUGUUAUAUUUUUAUUCAUUGCAUGAUACUUUCUAUUUUUAAUAUAUUAAGUAAAAAAUACAAAAAUACGCUUAAAUAAUUUAUAAAUUAUAUAUAACUGAUAUUUUCUUGUACAUUUAGUUUUUUAAUCACAAUUUUAUAUUAAAUUCAAUUAAGCGUAUAAUGUGCUUGUUAAAAUUGGGCCAACUACUAUUAGCACUAUUCACACUGCAAUAAUAUCAGUACAUUGAUAUCAUUAUCGUAACAUUGAGUUCCAAUCUAAGUAAAUAAUUAUGAUGAACCACCCUCAUUCUAAACUUCUCAUAUACACUGAGUAUCCUCAUAUUCUUAAUCACAUCCAACCAUCUCUGUAUAUUUUUUCUGAUUUAAUUUAUUACUUAUAGGUAUAAUAUAAUAUCCAUUAUAAAUUAAUAUUUUAAUAUUUAACAUUUACAACUGACAAUACACAUCUUAAUAUUUUUAUGAUUAAAUUAUCAUCAAAUUUUUAUCAAACCUAAACAUUUCUAAUUACUUUAGUUCCAGAUCCAGUUGUUCAGGAAAAGGAUGUUAAAGUUGAGAAUAGCGUUUAUGUUGCACCAGCUCACCGUAACAAUUUUCGAGGUAAACUACUAAUUUAUUAAUUUUUUAGAAAAUAUAAAGUUGAAUAGAAAAACUAUUAUAAACAGGGUUCAGAACUUAAAAGCAUUUAAAGAAAAAAAUUUAAAAAACAAAAAAAAUUUAAUAAAAAUAAUUGUUCAAACUAUUGAAAUAAGUUAAAAAAAAAAACAAAUACUAAGUCCUGAAUCCUGGUGAUAGUUAAUAAAUGGUAUAUCCAAUAUUAGUCCUGUGCUUAUCAAGUGUUAAAAAGUAUUCUCUAUUUAGACCUGUAUUUAAAAUCUAAAGUGUAUACUAAUUUAUAAUAUAAGGAUUAAAGAUAAACAUUUGAAAUAAUUAUCAGAAUAAAAAUUACAUAAUUCCAAAAUGAUUGAAAAAAAAAAGAACAAAUUCACUUAAAAUUGUCAGAAAAUAUUGCUAGAUCAUGAUAAAAUAAUCGCCCUAAUCUAGUAUAUAUAAGAAAAUAGUAACCUCUAAUUAUUAAUACACCAAUAACAAAAUGAAAUUCAUAAUAAUUUGUAAAAUAAUAAAAAAAAAUUAUUUUUUCAUAAAACACAACAUAAAUGUAAUAUUAUGUUUUAUUUUUAAUACCACACCCAUUCCUUCAAAAUGUAAUUUCAUACUUUUGAUCACAUAGGAGGUAUUCUAUAAACAAUUUAUAGUAAGUAAUAAAUGAAGUUUUAUUUUUGAUUAAUUCUAUUAUGUAUUCUACUAUGUAUAUUCUACAUAGGAACCUACCAUAAUAUACCUAAGUUAUUUCUGUAUCCUAAAGUAUCAAAACCAAAAAUUUGUCAAUACUCAACAACAUUAUAUAUAUUUAUAUAAUAUUGUAAACAGUUGCAUUCUUAAAUAUUUCAAUUAAUUGUAGUUUUAACUGUAUUUUUUUUUUUAAGGUGGUAAUAGAAGUGCCCCAAGAAGUAAAACUAGUUUAGAUGUAAAAAAUGAAGAAAUGUUUCCAACAUUGCAAGCUAAUAGUACUAAAAAAACUGUUAUAGCUCCUGGUAAAAAACCUGAAACUGCAGCAUGGUCUAAUAAAUAA